GGUAUCGGUACCCCCUGGAUGUACAAGGAGGUUUCCAAGGGCUGCACAGCUCCUGGAUGCUGGAGAUUUCUCAACAGCUCCUGUUGCUCCGGGGAGCGCAGCCCCCGCGCCAUGAGGACAUCCCUGCGGACGCCGGGCCCCGCUCACUGCCCGCCCCGGCCCCCCGCUCCUUCCCCGCGGGGCUCGGGUUUCCCCCCCUCGCCCCAGUGACGCUGCCUGUCCCGACAGGUGCCAGCAGAGCCGCGGCCGCGCUCCCGGGUCGCCCCCAGCGCCGCGGGGUUUGAGCGUCCGGCGCGGCGCGGGCGGCAGGUGGACAUGCUGCCCUAGGGGCUGACCCCCGGCCCCGUGCCCAGCUGCUGUGUCACAGAAGCACAGAGUAUUCUGAGCUGAAAGGGACCCACGAGGAUCAUCAAAGUCCAACUCCUGUGUCCCUGGACAGCAUCCACCCCGACAAUGGACGCGGCCCCGGAGGCGAAGAGGAAUAGUUUCCCCAGCAUGAACUUUGAAGCAGAGAUUCUGACAACUCCACACGAUAAUUCAGAGCUGUAUACGAUCCCUUCCAUGAGAAGCCUCACAGCUGAGGAGUAUGUGGAGGCCUUUAAGACAUUUUUGGAUCAUUCAACAGAGCACCAGUGCAUGGAUGAGUUCAACAAGGAACAACUGCCCAACAUCAUGGCUGGUCUCGGCCAUGGAAAAUCGACUAUAAAUGUUCUGGGAGUUGGAAGUGGCACAGGUGAGCAGGAUUUGAAAAUGAUCAGGAUACUACAGGCUGUGCACCCAGGGGUCCUUAUUGACAACGAAAUCGUAGAGCCCAACCCGCAGCACGUGGCAGCUUACAAAGAGUUGGUGAAUCAAACUCCAGACCUGCAGAAUGUCUCUUUUAUUUGGCACCAGCUCACUUCCUCAGAGUACCAACAGCAGGUGAAAGAGAAAGGCACGCAUAAGAAAUUUGACUUCAUCCAUAUGAUCCAGAUGCUGUACCGUGUGGAGGAUAUUCCCAAUACUAUCAAGUUUUUCCACAGCUGCCUCGACCUUCAUGGUAAACUCCUGAUCAUAAUUUUAUCGGACAGCAGCGGGUGGGCCAGCUUAUGGAAGAAAUACAGGGACUGCCUGCCUUCCACCGACAGCGGCCACUACAUCACCUCCAGCGGCAUCACGGAUGUCCUGAAGAGACUCGGAGUCGAAUACCGCGUGUACGAGUUCCCGUCGGGAUGGGAUAUCACCGAGUGCUUCGUCGAGGGGGACGCAGUUGGCAGCCUCAUGAUGGAUUUCCUGACGGGGACAAAAGACUUCCUGGGCACGGCGCCGCCGGCGCUGCGGCAGCGGCUGCGGGAGGCUCUGUGCCAGCCCGAGUGCAGCAGCACCAAGGACGGCAGGAUCAUCUUCAGCAACAACCUGAGCAUGAUCGUGGUGGAGUCCUAAAGCCGGACUGACUGCAGAGGGCAAGCUGGGGUGGGGAUGGGGGUCACAGGAUGGGGAUGCAGUCACAGGAAAGUGUAGCAUAGAAAGAAGGUGACUCGCAGGCAAGAAGGCAAGAAAGUGGGGCUCAGCUGCAGCCUACCACUGCCAGCCAGUGUCAGCAGAGCUGCCCGCCACGCUGGGACGAGCUCCUUGUCCUGAUAACGUCAUCAGGUCCAAGAUUACACCCUGGCUACUUAGUCCAUCCCUAGGAGAAUAUUUUCCAGAAAGUAAAGAGCUCCAUCUCACUAAAAGCCUACAUGGACUUGUUUCUUAACAGUAAACAUCCUGUCUGUGCUUUCAACACUGGGACUUCCACUUUUCUAUGCAGCCAGCAUGUUUGCACACCUAAAGACGGGUCUGCAUGACCAGGGGCUGCUUUGCAGCCAGGAGGAGGCUACAGGCCUUGUGCUGGCCAUGUACAGACCCAAUGCUUCCAUUUGUGCUGGACAAAACCAGCAAGAUAUCCCAGCUGCUUUGCACCCAGACCUGAGCUGUAAGUUGCUCUGCAUUAGGGUAUUUCACAUCGUUUUGUCAAUGUAGGUAUUUACUACCCCAAGCCUCUCAGCAUCUUGCAAUAUGGACAUGUCUUAAAAAUUUAUCAGCCUUUUUAUUUGGAGAAUAUUUUGGAUCCCAGGAUGAUCCUUGCCACAUACUCUUUCAGGCAGAUAUUAAUUUUGUUACUUUCUUACUACAGUUUGUCUCCAUAUAAAAUAAAAGCAAUCCUAAACCAAAAAAGUCACAUCUUUUUCUGCACAUGAGCUUACAGAAAAUGAAGAGCAAAGAGGUUAUUUAGUUAAAAACAAAAAAUAUGCAAAAUACCAUUUUAUGGGAGCAUUAAGGAUUUCUUGUAAGUGAGAAAGAUGAACCUGGGGAUGUGGAAGAGCUGUGAGUGAGCUGCAGCUUGUCCUUGUGCUGCAGCCCCAGGAGGCAGCUUGUCUGUCAUUGCUACAGCACAGCAAAACAGCACCUACAGUACUCAAAUAUGGUGUGUGUGGUUAAGAUGUUAAUAUAGGUGAGAUAAGACUAUUACCACAGGGUCCUGAGCUCUUCGGGGGGCUGAAGGAGGUGCUGCCAGGGCAGCCAGCUCCAAAGGCAGGUGCUGCACAGGAUGCCUGCCAAGUUUGGCUCUGUAUUUAGUGCCUUAGAGCAGUGCAGACCUUGGACUGACCACACAGGGAAAAGCUGCCUGCAGCCACACCAGCCUCACAGCAAAGAGGUUUCAGGGCAGGAAACACCAGCUUAGAUGGAAAAUACCUGCAGGCACAGAGCCCAUCUCUACGAACUGAUUUUUCCAUGCUUAAGCUGGAUAGCACACACCUGUGUGCACCUGAAGGGGCUCAGGUACCGCUGCCGCCUUGAUGUCUGGUAUGGAUCAAGUGGCUUGUUCCAGCAUCAUAAACACAUGGGUCAGCACACUGGCUUGCAAAACAUCAGAUGUCAUUGUCAACCAGAGCCCUGCUGGUGCUGCUAAACCUAUCCCCCCCCAUUCACUGGCCAUCUGCCCAGACACAGUUACUGCCAGGAGUAGCAUCGCACCGUCUGAAAAGGUAAUGAG